AUGCGAGCAGCACGGAUCACUCGCGACACAGCUCGAGUAGCAAAGAAACCCUCACCACCACCCAAAACCUCCCGACCUCGACGAUCACUACGAGAAUUCGCCUACAACGAUGAUGAAACGAACGAAGACUCCCCUACUCCCUCCGAGGCAGCCAGCGACUUCUCCAGCCCUCCCUCAAGUCCAGACGAAGCAUCUCCCGAACCGACAUCCACACCCGCCUCAAGCAAGAAACGAAAGCACGAAUCGAUUCAACCUGCUUCAACCCGCAAGUCACCUCGAAAGGCUCCGAAGAAAGAGACGCCUACCAAAGCUAUCAAGCAUGAAUACGACCCGAAUGUCAAGAUACAUCCUCCACCAGACUGGGAGACCAUUUGGUCACACAUCGCAACGAUGCGUUCCCUAAACCCUGCGCCAGUCGACAGCAUGGGCUGCGAGAACCUUGCAGAAGAGACACGCUCCCCACUCGAUCGAAGACUACAGACACUGAUCGCGUUGAUGCUAUCGUCUCAGACGAAAGAUCCCGUCACGGCGGCUGCAAUGAAGAAUCUACAAGACAAUUUGAAAGGAGGCUUCAACCUCGAAGGACUGCUGAACGUGGAACCGGACGUAUUGAACAACCUGAUCGCAAAGGUGGGCUUCCACAAUAACAAGACGAAGUACAUCAAAGCGACGGCGGAGCUGUUGAGAGAUAAGUGGAAUGGAGACAUUCCCGAGACGAUCGAGGGAUUGGUGUCGCUACCGGGCGUGGGACCGAAGAUGGCGUACUUGACCAUGUCGUCGGCCUGGGGUAGGGAUGAGGGCAUCGGAGUUGAUGUACACGUUCAUCGCAUUUCAAAUCUACUGGGCUGGCACAAGACAAAUACCCCUGAACAAACCCGUGCGGCGUUGGAGUCCUGGUUGCCUAAAGACAGAUGGCACUCGAUCAACCAUCUCCUCGUCGGGUUUGGUCAAAUGAUCUGCUUACCAGUGGGACGAAGAUGCGGUGACUGCGAUCUCAACACGCAUAACUUGUGCCCGAGCGCUGUGUCGAGCAGUCCGAGGAAGAAGCACAUUGCGAAAAAAGAGAUCGAUCUGAAGGUCGGGACUGGUGAGGUCGUCAAGACGGAGGAGGUAGUGGUAGAUCAAGACGAUGUGGAGACUACGGUCGAGAUCAAGUCGGAGGAGAUUGGGAAUGUUGCGUUGAACGGCAUUCCGGAUAUCGAAGAUAUUGGGAGAAGCGCAUAA